AUGUAUAAACUAAUAUUCUUCUUAAUUUUUUUAAAAAAUUAUCUAUUAAACAAAUCUCAAUCAUAUCCUUUACUAACAAAUAAAUCAUAUGUAAUUUGUCACAAUUUUCAUUGGCAACCAAACGUCAGAAUUCCAAUACCAAUCCUUGAUUAUAUAGUUCAUAAAGAACAAGUUAAUAUUGUAUACAUUUUAUCUCAUCAAUCAAUAGAAAAAUUCGAACGUAAUUUAUCAUUAAUUCAUUGUAAAAUAACAAGACCAUAUAAUUUUACAUUCUGUAAAGAUAAUUCUCAAACUUUAUGGAUAGUAUUUGAACAUCUAUUAGAUAAUGAUAAUAUUAAAAUUGAUAGACAUAUUCUUGUAAAAAACUUUUCAAAUAAAUUUAUAAUAUUAAUUAUAGAAAAUAAAAAUAGAAAAAUAAAUUUAACAUGUACAAUAUUCUAUGGCAAUGAUAAUAUAAUAGAUUUACCACGUUAUCCAUUCAAUAAAAAAAGUUUAUUUGGUAUUAUAUUUCUUAUAUCAUGUGUUUCUCUUACAUUUAUUCUUUGUAUUGGAUGGUUUAUUGUUAUAUAUUAUCGUCAAUAUGAACAACGUCGAAUAAAAACUAAACUUAAAAAUGCACUUGCACAUUCAGUUCAACGAAUACUUGAUAAAACACCAAUUAUUAUAUUUAAUUCAAACAAAAAAACUAAUCAUUCUAUUGAUAAUGAUUCCGUAUGUGCUAUUUGUUUAGAAUCAUUUAUUGAUAAUGAUAAAAUUCGAAAACUUAUAUGUUUACAUUAUUUUCAUACUGCAUGUAUUGAUCCAUGGUUAUUAGCUAAUCAAAGUUGUCCAUUAUGUAAUCGAAAUAUUUUAGAAGAUAAUGUUCCAUCAAUAUCAGCUCAUAUUACAUCUACUAAUGAAGAACUAAACAAUCGAGAAUCAAGAUCUACACAUACACCGAAUUUUAUUAAUAAUACACCUAUUGUUGAACUAUCGAAUUCAAAUUGA